AUGCCAUCAAGAGCGCAGGAAAUCCAAGAUGGUUUCAAAGUAAACUGGAUGAAUCUUCGGGAUGCUGAAGACGGGAAAGUUCUAUGGCAGGGAAACGAUGAUCUAUCCGUUCCUGGAACUGAACACAUUGCAAGAGUCCCGAGAAAAAUCCUGUCUUGUCGGUCUGUUUCACGAGAAAUCAACUUCUCUUCAGCCCAGGCCAUGGAAAAGUUCAGAUUGGAACAACGGGUGCUGUUUAAAGGAACUUGUCUAGAAGAAUGGUUCUUCGAAUUCGGCUUCGUUAUUCCGAAUUCCACGAACACGUGGCAGAGUGUGAUAGAGGCAGCCCCUGAAGCACAGAUGAUGCCAGCCAAUGUACUCAGUGGGAAUGUGGUGAUCGAGACUAAAUUCUUCGAUGGCGAUCUCUUGGUGUCGACGUCCAACGUGAGGCUGUUCUAUAUUUGAAAUACGUGGAUGCAGAGGACCUGCUUCAAAUCUGAUCUCAAGCCAAAGAAGACAUUGAAACGAGAAACGUCAAUUUUCAGUGUUCUUCAAGUCGGUUAUCUUUUUUAUUUUGGUUCGGAAAGCCGUUUGAAAGCAGCUGGUGGGCCAUAAAGUGCAAGAGAUCUUCAUUGUUGUUGCGUAGAUCAUGCAUCUUCAUUUUAAAAUGUUUUUUUCUACAAAAAAUGUGCCGCAUAUUUCUUUCACGGCGUUGACAAAUUGCUCAAUGGCCUUUCGAAUGUUGCUUGUCAAGUGGAUCCACCGCAACGGCACUGGCGUUUUCGCCGAUGAUAUAGACGUUUGGUCGUUAAACACAACGCGCAGACAAUAUUAUUCUUUGGAAACUCGUCUUUCGUGAUCUUUGACUUGGUUAUCUUUUUUCUCCGCGCCACAGCGUCUAUUUUUUGAGAGCGAGAGGUUAAUUUUCUGUCAAUGCGAUGUUCUCUGCACUUAUGAAUUCGUUGUCGUGACGCACUUCGGCUGUAGGCAUUCGAAAUUUAUUUUUGCCGUGCUAUGUCAGCGAGAUUCGUUGUGCGCAUCUUAUUCAUGGUGGAGUAAUAUCAGGAAUCGAUGGGCUAAUCCCAGUGUGGCAUUAGCCCAUGGGCGUUUUCCGAAAAAUAGCUGUCCUCGCGCACCCGCCCACCCCGCGUUGCGUCCUACACCCGGUGGACUGCUGUUGGUCCCUUUGUGACGAUGCUUUUAUGCCUUCGGCUGUACUCUGACGAAUGACUCUGGAAACUUUUGGUCGUAACACAUGCUUUGUUUUUGUUUGCCGUGCUUCAUCGAGUCAUGAUGUCGAGUCGUCGUUGUGAUAUUAAAAGUUUGAAAACAGAUACA